AUGGUCGUUCAAUUACGUGCCAGGUUUGGGUGGUGGAAGAAAGACGUAGUUCACGUAGAAAAAUCACUGACCUAUGGCCAGUACCAGGCGACUUCCGCAGGAAGGCCUAGAACCCGCGACCCGAAGAGACCUGCUGCUGGACAAGCUAUGGGCCUAAUGCAGUGUUUGUUGACCCUUUUUCUCAUCUGGACGUUUACAACAAUACAUACGGGCGUGGCUAUAGACUGCUGGUUAUGUACCAGUGGUGACGCCGGAUGUGGGGAGGUUAUUGAUGAGACAACCUUGCAGGAUAACCGGAAGACAGCAUCAGGAUGUGCGGCUUGUGGGAAGUCUUUUCUGGCACUGGGCACAACAUUUUCUAGUGUCGAGCGCACCUGUCUCACUUCAGCAUCAGAUACUUGUGACAACAAAUUGGGUUACGGGGAAUGCACUUGUUCGACCACGUUCUGCAACGGACAAUCCCGAACUUCAUCAAGUACGACAUUCGUUCUUGCCUUGUGUUCAGUGGUCACAUUAGUUCUAAGACUUAUAUCAUGA